UUAUUUUUGCGUUGCAGGUCUUAAACCGUAUUAAAUGUGUUGUUCAGUUUUUGUCCCUGAUUUGCGGCGUUCGCAAGUGGGAUGGAGGAAAUUUUCUGCUUUCCGCGUUCACCAAGUCCCGAUAAGCCUAAAAUCGUAGUGCCGAAUGGUCGAGGCGUGAAGCGUCGUAUCGGCGGAAAUGACCAACGGAAUAGGUCGAAGCUCGUCAAUUUACAAAACAAUGAUUGUCCUUGGAUCGAUGCUUUCAAGCCGGAUAAUGUCUCGGAACUUGCAGUUCACAGUGCCAAAAUCACGGAAGUUCGAGAAUGGCUAACCAAUGCGUGCAAUGGGUUGAAUGGAGUUCCCAAAGUGGCCGUUCUUAUCGGUCCGACCGGCUCAGGAAAGUCGGCGGUGGUUGAUGUAUUAUGCCGGGAAAUGGGCUUGACGAAAGUCGCGUGGACCAGCGACGAAGACGUGAUUUCGUUCAACGAAGACUCCGACUUCGUCCCGGGAACUUUCCGGAAAGACCGGAAUCAAAAAGAGGAAUUUUUCGAUUUCCUCGAGGGGGCUUCCAUGUGCGGCGGUAUGGAUCUCGACGAGCGUCGUGUGGUUGUUGUGGAUGAUUUCCCCAAUGCGUUACUCAUGAAGGGCAAUGAUUUCGGCGAAGUUUUGGCAUCCUUCAACUUUAAUAAUCCUGUGAUAUUUAUCGUGAGUGUGGACCCUGGUUCGAGGCGAUACGGAGCCUUAUUUUCCGACGAAGCUUUGCGACAUGCUAGAAUACGCAAAAUUAGCUUCAAUCCUGUGGCUACUUCUUUUCUAGCAAAUGCGAUGAACAAAAUCUUCGAUCGUCUUGAAAACACUCGUGGGAUCAGCAGGCCCUCUCCAGAGGCAAUUGCGGCGAUAGCGGAACUGAGCCACGGUGACCUGCGACUAUGCAUAAAUGCGCUCCAAUUUUCCAGCGUUUCUUCGGGAUCAGGGUGGGACAGUUCAAAGCUUUUCUCCGUUGAUAUCGAAGGUCGUGCAGAAUCGGCUGUUCCGGUUUCGACGACACGUCGACGCGGUGGUCGGGUCGGUGUGAAAGAAACGCGGGAAAAGCUGAAUGCUUUGAAGCGAAUGAAACAACAUUCUGUGGAUUCUUCCGAUCCGUAUUUCGCAAUCGGAGACAAAUCGGGAAAAUUGGGCCUGUUCUCAGUUUUGGGCAAAAUUCUGUACGCAAAGCGGGCGGAAGAGCCGGAUCGGAUAAUGGUUAAUCAGGAGCGGAUUAAUGCUGUGAAUGUGGUCAGGAGGAGUAGGGAGCCUCGACUUCCCUUGUUGGAGAAUCCGGAUGUUUUGGUGGAAAACUCGGUUCUGGCUCCGGAAGGAUUGUUGCUAUUUUUGCAUCAAAAUUACUUGGAAUUUUUCUCGAACAUCAAGGAGAUUUCAGCCGUAGCUGCAAGCUUUGCAACUGCGGACGCCCUGAGGGAAGAUGACUGGCGUGCCAAAGAAACUAUGUCAUCCUCUGCUUGCACACUUGUCGCACGUUCCCUCAUGUUGAAUCGCUUCCGUGACGUCGAAAACAAGGGAAUUUCGUCGAAGUUCCUCCCAUUGCGUAAACCCCGUUACCGAGGGAUACUAGAGGAGGCUGAACGAAAUUCCGAGGCAACCCGAAACACAUUUUUCGUUCCCAGUCCCGCGAGCGUAUUUCUUGGUAGUGACGAGUUAUUCGCUGUGCAUCUACCCAUGUUGCGACACAUUUGUGCGAGUUUGACCCCCGCCCAGGCCAUGAUGAUAACAAAAGUGACCGAUUUCAAGAAAGUUUUGAAAGGCGACACCGACUUGCUCAUGGCCGAUGGAACCGCUGAUGCGAAUGUCGAGGAGGAGUACUUCGAAAUCGGGACUGAGGGUGGCGGGAAAGUGGAAAUCGGUACUUCGACGAUGACCAGAUUUUGUGGAUGUAAGGGUGUGAGAACAUGUUUGCUGUGUGAGAAAGAACUAGGUGUUCCACGGCGUUGUGAAUCGACGUUUGAGGAUUUGAAGCAGCGCAGCUAUGUAUACUGUCCUCAUUGCAAUUUGGCGUGGCCUGGUUGGAAUUACGAUGUUUUCGAAAGACAUCCAAAUCAUGAAGGCACUUCCUUAAAACUGGAUGGGGUAUACAUUCAAUUGGACUUCUUGACGGAAGAAGAAGAAAAGCUUUUGGUUGAGGGAUGUGAUGCAAUGCCCUGGGACCAGUCUCAGAGUGGUAGAAGAAAGCAGAAUUUUGGCCCCAAGUGCAACUUCAAGAAGAGGAAAAUAAAGCUGGGCGAGUUCGAGGGUUUCCCGAAAUUCAGCGAAUUUGUGCAAGAAAAAUUCAACUCGGUUCCUUUGCUUUCUGGCUACGAAACGAUCGAGCAAUGUUCCUUGGAAUACACGACUGACCGCGGAGCUUCGAUAGAUCCGCACAUCGACGAUUGCUGGAUUUGGGGCGAGCGCAUUGUUUCUGUCAAUCUCUUGAGUGAUUCGAUGCUGAUGUUGACGAAGUAUGAAAGGAAAGACGAGGGACAGAAGUACAAUCUUCUGGAGGCGUAUGAAGAGUACACCAAUGUGAUGCUGAUGUUGACGAAGUAUGAAAGGAAAGACGAGGGACAGAAGUACAAUCUUCUGGAGGCGUAUGAAGAGUACACCAAUGUGGUGAGAAAGCAAAGCGACGGGUCUCCGAAAAUCUGCCGUGGUUUGUUGGCGGAUACAGACGGAGCCGUAGACUUCUCACGUGAUCUCGGCGAGGAAUACGAUGACAUUGUUAUCCGAGUGCCGAUGCCGAGAAGGUCGCUUUUAGCUAUGUACGGAUAUCCGAGGUACUCUUUUGAACAUUCGAUUUUGAGAGAAGACAUUACAGCGAGGAGAAUUUGUCUAGCUUAUCGUGAAUUUACGCCGCCGUAUUUGCCCGGUGGUGAAAUGUAUGAGAUCCAUGGGAAGCCCGUUGUCGAUAAAGCGAAGAACUUCUUCUGA